AUGACGUACUCCCUUUCAUCAUCGCAAGAGGGGUCGAUGAUGUUGGAUAACUCGGUGGAGACUAGAGCACCCUCCGACCCUGACCAUCCGGCACCGCGCAACCACCCGCCCUACCCCGACAACCCGCUCAUCAAGCAGUACAGCGCCGAGUACUGGCUGCUCGCUUCCCUCCACACGGCAGCGGCCUCGCGCUCCGCAUCGGCGGCGGCCGUAAGGGUCGUGGCGGACUGGAGGGAUGCCGAUGUCGUGUUCGUGCCCUUCUUCGCGACGCUAUCUGCGGAGAUGAAGCUCGGGUGGGGCGCCAAGGGCGCUUUCCGCAAGAAGGACGGGAACGAAGACUAUCGGCGGCAGCGGGAGGUCGUCGACCGCGUCACUACCCACCCCGCGUGGCGGAGGUCCGGCGGCCGGGAUCACAUCUUUGUCAUGCUAAAACUGAAGCAUUCUUUGACUGACCCGGUGGCAAUGUGGCACGUCCAGGCUGAGAUUGCUCCUGCAAUUCUUUUGGUGGUUGAUUUUGGCGGAUGGUACAAACUUGAUUCAAAGUCUGCAAGCAGAAACUCAUCUCAUAUGAUACAACAUACUCAAGUGUCAUUACUUAAGGAUGUCAUUGUGCCUUACACACAUUUGCUUCCGACACUGCGCUUAUCAAAAAAUAAAGAUCGUCCCACCCUUUUGUACUUCAAGGGAGCAAAGCAGAGGCACCGGGGUGGUUUGGUGCGAGAGAAACUAUGGGAUUUGCUAGGUAACGAGCCUGAUAUUGUCAUGGAAGAAGGCUUUCCUAAUGCCAUUGGGCGUGAACAAUCAAUAAAAGGGAUGCCGACAUCAGAGUUUUGCUUGCACCCAGCUGGUGACACCCCAACUUCAUGUCGCCUCUUUGAUGCUAUUGCCAGUCUUUGCAUACCAGUCAUUGUUAGCGAUGAGGUUGAGCUUCCUUUCGAAGGGAUGAUAGACUACACAGGAUUCUCCAUUUUUGUCUCAGUUAGUAACGCUUUGAGACCAGAAUGGCUAACGAACUACUUAAGGAAUAUUUCCAGGCAGCAGAAGGAUGAGUUCCGAAGAAACUUGGCUCACGUUCAACCUAUCUUUGAGUAUGACACUAGUUUCUCUAGUAGCACAGGCCCUGCUCCCCCAGACGGUGCUGUGAACUACAUAUGGAAGAAGAUUCAUCAGAAAUUACCGAUGAUUCAGGAAGCAGUUAUCCGGGAGAAGCGGAAGCCUGAUGGUGCAUCAAUCCCACUCCGGUGUCAUUGUACAUGAACUUUUCUUAGCUGCCGAUACCCUGUGGGAAGACUUGCGAGAAUGAGCAGUUACUCCAAGUUCAUUCUCUUUUUUUUGUUGGUAGUUGCAAAUAGUUUCUUGCAAAUACGAGCAUGUAACAAUAUGAGUAUUUUCCUAAUCAAGAUUUCGAGACUCUUCAGAA